CGAGCUGACUGGCUGUGACGUCACCAUCCCCUGCUCCAAGAUGGCGCUGCCGGUGCGGUCCAAGCUUGUGCGACAUGUGUUGCUCAGGUUCUCCAGGAGCUUUCAGCGAGUGCACCGAAAGUCUCUCUGCGAUGGCGGCGCGUCGGAAAACAAGGCGGCAGCGCAGCGGGUGUUCUCCGGGAUCCAGCCCACGGGGGUCCCCCACCUGGGCAACUACCUGGGCGCCCUGGAGCAGUGGGCGUCCCUGCAGGAGCGCUACCCGGCGGUGCUGUACAGCGUGGUGGACCUGCACGCCAUCACCCGGCCGCAGGACCCGCGCGCUCUCCGCACCAACAUCCUGGACAUGGUGGCCAGCCUGCUUGCCUGCGGCGUGGACCCGCGCAAGGCCGUCCUCUUCCAGCAGUCGCAGGUGCCCGAGCACGCCGAGCUUUCCUGGAUCCUCGGAUGCUUGACCAGCAUGCCCCGCCUCCGCCACCUGCCGCAGUGGAAGAUGAAGAGCACGCAGAAGAACGAAGGCAGCGUGGGCCUGUACACGUAUCCCGUCCUCCAGGCUGCCGAUAUUCUCCUCUACAAGUCCACGCACGUCCCCGUGGGCGAGGACCAGGUCCAGCAUCUGGAGCUGGCCCAGGACCUGGCUCGCAUCUUCAACGCGCGUUACGGCGAGCCACUCUUCCCGCACCCCCGCGCCUUGCUCAGCUCCACCCGUAAGGUGAAAUCCCUUCGCGACCCCUCCUCCAAAAUGUCCAAGUCGGACCCCCAGACCAUGGCGACCAUUUACAUCACGGACACGCCGGACGACAUCGCCCUGAAAAUCGGGCGCGCCGUCACCGAUUUCACCUCGGAGGUGACGUACCACCCGGAGACGAGGCCCGGCGUGUCCAACCUGGUCAGCAUCCACGCCGCCGCCGCCGCCAUCGACGUGGACGAGGCCGUGUCGCGGGCCCGGGGUUUGGACACGGCGGCGUACAAGAAACUGGUGGCCGAGGUGCUGGUCCAGAGGCUGGCGCCCAUUCGCCAGCGGCUGCUGCGGCUCCGGGCCGACGGCGCCCACUUGGAGGCCGUGCUGGACGAGGGGCGCCGCCGAGCCAGGGAGCUGGCAGCCCCCACCGUACGGCAAGUCAGGAGAUUGGUCGGAUUCAGUUGACUUGGAACUGGGAGCGCCCUAUUGGUCCUUCUGCUUGCCUCUAAUUUUCUUUGUCUCAAACACAAAUAAUAUAUGCAUUUUUUAAAAUUCUUUUUCUGCUACAAGGCGUGAAAAGACUAUUGACAGACGGAAUUGGAACAGAUGCCACCUGGUCUUUUUUUUUUUUUUUUACUUUUUUUUUUAAUUUCCUGUCUUUGAAAUGUUUUAUUUUUCUGUAUUCUUUUUGAAUGUAUGGCGGUCACAAUAAUUAUGACAUAUUUUUAAAUACUAAAUUAAAAUGGAAAUACUUGUUGAGGUUUUCACCCAAAGUCAGACGGUUGACAGGCAAACAUGGCACAGAUGCCCAGCUGGCUGAUUUCUUUUUUGGGACAUCACUUUAUGCCUUUGCAGGGAUUCCUUUUCUUUUUUUUUUAUUCAAGACUACAAUUGGCAGAAAUAAUAACAAAUGUCUGAAGAGUCAAUGUUUUCUCUUUUGUUUUGUUUGUACUUAAGUUAAAGUAAUUACUUUUUCGCUGAUUAUUUCCUCCGCAAAACGUCUUUUCCUCUUUUCUUCUUUUCCUUGAUCAUGAUUACAAAAAUUAGCGAGUCAUAUUUAAAAACGAUAAAUUAUUAUUAUUGUUUUUUCUUGUUGUUUGUUUGGAGUUUCUGACACACUUUUUCUGUUUGAUGAAAAUGUCAGACAACAGCUCACAGAUGGCCAUGACAUUUAUGGCCCCUGCGUGGUCCAUUUUUUAUGACAUCAGACUAAAUCAUCGUGUUUUGAAUCAAACCAUUUUAUGUGUGUUUCUAUUUUUUCUGGUUAAGAAAUACAAAAUAGGCCAUGAGAUGCAUUCAAAUACUAGAAUAUGUUAUGUCCAAAACUCACAAUUUUCACAUGCAUUGUUUUGAUUCAUAAAUAAAAUAAAAUGCAUAGUUAAGCACCUUUCAAUUUUUGUCUCAACUAGGACGCAAAUGUGAACAUUAAAUGUAGACAUAGUUUACAUGCAUACAAAGUAGCCCAAAAAGGAACCAUCCAAAGUUUUCGCCAACCCUAACCCUUUAUUUUUCUUCAUUUCCACAAUUUUCUUGCCACGCUUUUAGAACCCCCCUCCACACACACACACGCGCACGCACACACACACACACACACACACACAUUGUGUGUUAACCGCCCCCUAAAUAAGGUCAUUUUCGCACCCUUUUAAAAAAAUCAACGUAAAAUGAAAGAACAUGCGAAAAGUACUAUUUAGUUGAUUUGAGUCUAUAAUAAACCAAAACGUGCAAACGCGUUUUAUGAACACAAAAAGUCACCACGCUGAACAAGAAUGAAAGCGACCUGCUUUAAACUGCAAAACAAAAAUGACUGAUUGAAAUCAUUUUGUAGGAAAAAAACCCCAUCUCUUUACUUUUGUGCACACAAAAUCAUGUCGCCGACUGGCUUUUAUUUGAACAUAAAACACGUCCUGCGCGUGUGUGUGCGUGUAUGCGCGCGCGCGCUUUGCGGAGAUCACUGGCCUCAUGCACCACUGGCGAAUGAUUUUUUGGGUUGUUGUUGCAGCACGUUUUAGUUGUUGCACUUGCAGGGGUCACUCGCUCGGGGUCAAAAGGGUUGUGCUAAUUGCAUAUUAAAAGCAGUAACAGCAGCAGCGGCCGCAGCAGCAGCAGCCGCCGCCUUCCCUUCCUUUCCCUUCCCUUCCCUUCCCUUCACGCAGGCGCAGCGCGUCCACGUCCUCAAGCAGCUCAUUCAAAUCAUGAAACCAUGCAUGCCUGAAAGAAAAAUACGAUGGAAAGCAGAAACUAUUCAUUCAUAAUUCUCAUAUUUUGGUUUCAAUUUUUUGAAAUUUUAACAACGUUCAAAUCAUGGCCUGCAUGAUCUAUGUUUCCCAUAUUUGGUCUGGAUUUUUUUUUUUUUUAAUGGAGUCUUGAUUGUACUGAAAUACAAUCGGCCAAAGGUAUUCUAUACAUUAUUUCAUAGGGCAAUAAAUCAAACGUAAUAGGCAUUCAUGUCGUGUAAUGCAAUUAAUAUCAUGUGAGCGUGUGUGUUUAUGUGCGCGCGUGCGUGCGUGCGUGCGUGCGAGUGUACUUUAGUCCUGUUUUGCAGGUCCACAAACAGAGAUGUAAAAAAAGCAACGGGAUUUUUGCACUUGCUCGGUAAAUACAUGAAAAUAAAGUCAGACAUCCUUCAAAAAAUGAUAUGACUUGGGUUGGAGUUUUAGGUUUUGGAGUUUGUAAUACUUUAUCUAUUUUUGUUGGUGUUUCCUCGUCAUUGUGUAUUUUUGAACUAGAAAUCCAACGGCACACAGUGGUGUUAAUUAUUAUUGAAAUGCGUAAGGCAUGCACAUAUUGCUAUUCCCCUUCAGUAACUACUUUUCAAUAUAUGUGACUAUUAAAAGCACACAAACGUCAUUGUCGUUGUGUGACUUUUUUUUUUUUUGGGGAAAAGCAGAAAUAUUUGUGAUGACGGAUUUUUGUACGUUUUCACAAACCACCCGUUAACUUGUAUGAAUGUAUGUCAUCGUUUCCAUCAACUUAUAAAUAGAAUCGUUACAUUCCCA